AUGUCACUACCACGUCACUACCACAUCAUCACUACCACGUCACUACCACAUCAUCACUACCACGUCACUACCACGUCACUACCACAUCAUCACUACCACGUCACUACCACAUCACUACCACGUCACUACCACAUCACUACCACAUCACUACCACGUCACUACCACAUCACUACCAUGUCACUACCACGUCACUACCACAUCAUCACUACCACGUCACUACCACAUCAUCACUACCAUGUCACUACCACGUCACUACCACAUCACUACCACAUCAUCACUACCACGUCACUACCACAUCACUACCAUGUCACUACCACGUCACUACCACGUCACUACCACAUCACUACCAUGUCACUACCACGUCACUACCACAUCAUCACUACCACGUCACUACCACAUCAUCACUACCACGCCACUACCACGUCAAUACCACAUCAUCACUACCACGUCACUACCACAUCACUACCACGUCACUACCACCACGUCACUACCACGUCACUACCGCGUCACUACCGCGUACCGCGUCACUACCGCUCACUACCUCACUACCGCAUCACUACCACGUCACUACCACGUCACUACCACGUCACUACCACGUCACUACCACGUCACUACCACGUCACUACCACAUCACUACCACAUCACUACCACGUCACUACCACAUCAUCACUACCACGUCACUACCACGUCACUACCACAUCACUACCACAUCACUACCACAUCAUCACUACCACGUCACUACCACGUCACUACCGCGUCACUACCGCGUCACUACCGCGUCACUACUGCGUCACUACCACGUCACUACCACGUCACUACCACGUACCACGUCACUACCACGUCACUACCACGUCACUACCGCGUCACUACCGCGUCACUACCGCGUCAAUACCACGUCACUACCACGUCACUACCACGUCACGUCACUACCACGUCACUACCACGUCACUACCACGUCACUACCACAUCACUACCACGUCACUACCACGUCACUACCACGUCACUACCACAUCACUACCACAUCACUACCACAUCACUACCACGUCACUACCACGUCACUACCACAUCACUACCAUGUCACUACUACGUCACUACCACAUCAUAACUACCACGUCACUACCACAUCAUCACUACCACGUCACUACCACAUCACUACCACAUCACUACCACAUCACUACCACGUCACUACCACGUCACUACCACAUCACUACCACAUCACUACCACGUCACUACCAUGUCACUACCACGUCACUACCACAUCAUCACUACCACGUCACUACCACAUCAUCACUACCACGUCACUACCACGUCACUACCACAUCACUACCACAUCAUCACUACCACGUCACUACCACAUCACUACCACGUCACUACCACGUCACUACCACGUCACUACCGCGUCACUACCGCAUCACUACCACGUCACUACCACGUCACUACCACAUCACUACCACGUCACUACCACGUCACUACCACGUCACUACCACGUCACUACCACAUCACUACCACAUCACUACCACGUCACUACCACAUCAUCACUACCACGUCACUACCACGUCACUACCACAUCACUACCACAUCAUCACUACCACGUCACUACCACGUCACUACCACGUCACUACCACGUCACUACCGCGUCACUACCGCAUCACUACCACGUCACUACCACGUCACUACCACAUCACUACCACAUCAUCACUACCACAUCAUCACUACCGCGUCACUACCGCAUCACUACCACGUCACUACCACGUCACUACCACGUCACUACCACAUCACUACCACAUCACUACCACGUCACUACCACGUCACUACCACGUCACUUCCGCUUCACUACCACGUCACUACCACGUCACUACCACGUCACUACCACGUCACUACCACGUCACUACCACAUCACUACCACGUCACUACCACAUCACUACCACGUCACUACCACAUCACUACCACAUCACGGUCGGGAAGUUCCGUAAAACAGCGGCUCGCAAGCGGGAGUUCCACAUCCUGUUCAUGGUGCUGACCACGGCGGGCUGCUACCUCCUGUGCUGGAUGCCGUAUGGCGUGGUGGCCAUGAUGGCAACGUUCGGUCCGCCCAACAUCAUCAGCCCUGUGGCCAGCGUGGUGCCGUCUCUCCUCGCCAAGAGCAGCACAGUUAUCAACCCCAUCAUCUACAUCCUCAUGAACAAACAGACCAGUCUCCUCAUGGGACAACCUAUGGCUGACUCUGCCCAGGUCUCAGACCUUGUGUCACCGCACCCCUCUUUAGCCCCAGGGGCAGGAGUCCGUCUGUGA